GACAGCGGUGACAAACAUUAGCAAAACAACAUUGGUCCCGCCCCCCCAAAGGCUCUCCUUUUUUCUUUUUUCUAUUUAAACCCUGCCUUGCAGUGUUUUGUCCAGCAGGGGGCGGACUGGCCGUGAAACGGUGCUUUCGUGGCUGUAACGUGAUAUUACAAAAGCACGCCACUCGGCUCUUGUUGGUGGAAAUGUGUCUUUCUUCGCCAGGGGGAGCAGGACGCUUGCGCUCUCGAGGACUAUUGCCAAGAGCGAGGACCGACGGUGACGUUCAGUAACCUGCACUACUGCGUUCGGGAGAGCAGGCUCUGCCGAAAGAAAGGUCCGGAAAAGUCCAUCCUCAAAGAUGUCAGUGGCAUCAUGAGACCCGGGAUGAACGCCAUCAUGGGCGCCACAGGAAGUGGGAAAACAUCGCUACUGGAUGUCAUCGCGGGAAGAAAAGACCCCGCUGGACUUCGCCAAGGAAAAGUCCUGGUGGAUGGCAGGCCCGUGACCUCUGACCUCAGGCUUAGUUCUGCUUAUGUGGUCCAGGACGACAUCCUGAUGGGAACGCUGACAAUUCGGGAGAACCUUCUCUUCAGCGCCAACCUGCGUCUGGACCCUCGACGCCAUUCCGCCGCGGAAAAGCGCAGCAGGGUCACGACUAUCAUCGAGGACCUGGGACUGGCUGACUGCGCAGACAGCAAGAUAGGGACGGAGUUUCUACGCGGGGUGUCAGGCGGCGAGAGGAAGCGCUGCAGCAUCGGGAUGGAGCUCAUCACCUCUCCUUCUCUGCUCUUCCUGGAUGAACCCACCACCGGGCUGGACUCCAACACGGCCAACUGCAUCAUCGGCCUGCUGCACAAACUCUCCAGGCGAGGCAAGACCGUCAUCUUCUCCAUCCACCAGCCGCGCUUCUCCAUCUUCAGGCGCUUCGACCACCUGACGCUCAUGCACAAAGGGGAGGUGGUGUACGCGGGGGCGGCCCACCGGGCGCUGGAGUACUUCACCAACCUCGGCUUCCAGAUCGAGUCCUUGGACAACCCCGCCGAUUUCUUCAUGGACGUCACAAACGGAGAAGCUCAAUCUUCUCUGGAAGAACUCAACUCGGCUGGCUGCAAGAACGCCUUGGCAGUCAAGUACUACCAGUCCCAGCUGUGCCAGGACAUGCUGGGCCAGCUGGACCUUGUGGACCGCAACGUCGCUGAUGGCAUCAUAGGUCACCAAAAGACUGCUCGUUAUGCUACUUCUUUCCUUUACCAGUUGCGCGUGGUGUGUGGCAGGACGGUCGUGAACACGCUGAGGAAUCCGCAGACGUCUUACGCCCAGUUGGCUCUCAACGUCUUCUUUGCCAUCCUGGUGGGCCUUAUUUAUUACCAAAUGCCCUUAACCCUGCCUGAAGCUUUACAGAACAGGAGCGGAGCUUUCUUCUUCCUCAUCAUCAACAUGGUGUUUGGCAACCUCUCAGCCGUCGAGCUCUUUAUCAACGAGAGAGCCAUCUUCAUCCAUGAGAACUCCGGCGGCUACUACCGCACGUCCGUCUACUUCCUGUCCAAGGUUUUUGCUGACCUCAUCCCCAACCGCAUCAUUCCCAUCUUUUUGUUUUCGGCCAUCGCCUACUACAUGAUGGGCCUGAAGCCGGCCUUGACUGCCUUCCUGUGCUUCGCUCUGACCAUGUCCCUGGUCAGCCUGGCGGGGGUCGGCCUGGCCUUCCUGGUGUCCGCCAGCGUGUCGUCCUUCGCCAUGGCCAACAUCCUCAUAGCGCUGCCCUUCGUCUUCAUGAUGGUGUUCGGCGGCUACCUGGUCAACCUCAACGCCAUGCUCAGCUGGCUGUCCUGGCUCAAGUGGGUCAGCAUCUUCCGAUACGGACUGAACGCCGCGUUCAUCAACGAGAUGGCGGGACAGCUGUUCUACUUCAACGCCACCGUGAUCCCGGGCGAGCUGUUCCUCCGGAGCCAAGACAUGGACUACUCGACGUGGGGGUUCUGGCAGAACCACGUGGCCUUGCUGGGGAUCGUCCUGGUCUGCAUGCUCCUGGCCUACGUCCAGCUGCUCAGGAUCAACCGGUGGAAGUGACUUUUGUCCCGUUUCAUGUGUCAGGUAAACGGCGAAGAAUGUGGCCAUUUGAAUUCCCUUCCUACUGUAAAUGGGGGAAAAAUAAUUGACGGUAAAACCAUUUUAUUACAGUAAAAUCUAAGGCUUUAGUUAUUUUUUUUACUGUAAAAAGAAAAACUGCUGUUUGUUUGUUUUUACGGUAAAAUUCGGAUGAUUAACAGAUGUUUUUACCGUGAAAUCUAGAGAUGCUCUUGCAGUGAAAUGCUGGAAUUGUAAAAACUGUAUUUGGUCACGUUUCAUGUGUCAGGUAAACCGCGACGAAUCCCCUUCCUACUGUAAAUGGAGAAAAGCAAUUACUUUACAGUAAAACUGAGUAUUACCGUAAACUUGACGGCUGUAGUUUUUUACUGUAAAAAAAAACAAAAAAAACGGUGCUGCUGGUUUUUUCCGGUACAAUCGUGAUGUUGAGCAGCUGUUUUUUUUAAUUUACCGUAAAAUCUACAGACGUUCUUACAGUGAAAUACUGGAAUUGGAAAAAGGCUUUUUUUGGUCACGUUUCAUGUGUCAGGUAAACCGCGACGAAUCUUGUUCCUACUGUAAAUGGAGAAAAAAAAUGUUUACAGUAAAAACGGUAUUUGGUGACAUUUCAUGUGUCAGGUAAACUGCGACGAAUCCCCUUCCUACUGUAAAUGGAGAAAAAAAAAGUUUACAGUAAAACUGAGGUGUCAAUUUUAUUACCGUAAAUUCGACAGCUGUAGUUUUUUACUGUAAAAAAACCAAAACGUUGCCGCUGUUUUUUUUAUGGUAAAAUUCUGAUGUUGAGCAGCUGUUUUUUUUAAUUUACCGUAAAAUCUACAGACGUUCUUACAGUGAAAUACUGGAAUUGGAAAAAGGCUUUUUUUGGUCACGUUUCAUGUGUCAGGUAAACCGCGACGAAUCUUGUUCCUACUGUAAAUGGAGAAAAAAAAAUUUUACAGUAAAACUGAGGUGUCAACUUUAUUACUGUAAACUCGACGGCUGUAGUUUUUUACUGUAAAAAGAAAAACGGUACCGCUGUUUUUUUACGGUAAAAUUCUGAUGAUGAACUGCUGUUUUUUUUAAUUUACCGUAAAAUCUUUGGAUGUUGCUUUUUACAGUAAAAUACUGGAAUUGGAAAAACUUUUUUUUGGUGACGUUUCAUGUGUCAGGUAAACGGCGAAGAAUGUGGCCAUUUGAAUUCCCUUCCUACUGUAAAUGGGGAAAAAAUAAUUUACGGUAAAACCAUUUUAUUACAGUAAAAUCUAAGGCUUUAGUUAUUUUUUUACUGUAAAAAGAAAAACUGCUGUUUGUUUGUUUGUUUUUACGGUAAAAUUCGGAUGAUUAACAGAUGUUUUUACCGUGAAAUCUAGAGAUGCUCUUGCAGUGAAAUGCUGGAAUUGUAAAAACUGUAUUUGGUCACGUUUCAUGUGUCAGGUAAACCGCGACGAAUCCCCUUCCUACUGUAAAUGGAGAAAAGCAAUUACUUUACAGUAAAACUGAGUAUUACCGUAAACUUGACGGCUGUAGUUUUUUACUGUAAAAAAACAACAACAAAAACGGUGCUGCUGUUUUUUUCCGGUACAAUCCUGAUGUUGAGCAGCUGUUUUUUUUUAAUUUACCGUAAAAUCUACAGACGUUCUUACAGUGAAAUACUGGAAUUGGAAAAAGGCUUUUUUUGGUCACGUUUCAUGUGUCAGGUAAACCGCGACGAAUCUUGUUCCUACUGUAAAUGGAGAAAAAAAAAUGUUUACAGUAAAACUGAGGUGUCAACUUUAUUACUGUAAACUCGACGGCUGUAGUUUUUUACUGUAAAAAGAAAAACGGUACCGCUGUUUUUUUACGGUAAAAUUCUGAUGAUAACUGCUGUUUUUUUUUUAUUUACCGUAAAAUCUUUGGAUGUUGCUUUUUACAGUAAAAUACUGGAAUUGGAAAAACGUUUUUUUGGUGACGUUUCAUGUGUCAGGUAAACGGCGAAGAAUGUGGCCAUUUGAAUUCCCUUCCUACUGUAAAUGGGGAAAAAAUAAUUUACGGUAAAACCAUUUUAUUACAGUAAAAUCUAAGGCUUUAGUUAUUUUUUUUACUGUAAAAAGAAAAACUGCUGUUUGUUUGUUUUUACGGUAAAAUUCGGAUGAUUAACAGAUGUUUUUACCGUGAAAUCUAGAGAUGCUCUUGCAGUGAAAUGCUGGAAUUGUAAAAACUGUAUUUGGUCAUGUUUCAUGUGUCAGGUAAACCGCGACGAAUCCCCUUCCUACUGUAAAUGGAGAAAAGCAAUUACUUUACAGUAAAACUGAGUAUUACCGUAAACUUGACGGCUGUAGUUUUUUACUGUAAAAAAAAAACAAAAAAAACGGUGCUGCUGUUUUUUUCCGGUACAAUCCUGAUGUUGAGCAGCUGUUUUUUUUAAUUUACCGUAAAAUCUACAGACGUUCUUACAGUGAAAUACUGGAAUUGGAAAAAAAAAAGUUUUUGGUCACGUUUCAUGUGUCAGGUAAAC